GGGUGAGGGGACGGCAGCCAUCUUUAGUAUGGGCAACGUGACUUUAUCCUUACUAUGCCAGAAAAGGCUGGUUUUGUUUCCGUCUCUUAGUGUACCGGCUGAGCUGUGACUUGGGGAAUUUUAUCUGCUUCCGUUGGCAGUUUGGUCCCCAGCCCCCUCUUGUUGGAGCUCAGUGCCUGGGACUCAUGGAUGCCGGGCGGGCCCCGCCUAAAACCCACCCGCGGAAAAAGAGGAAGAAGGUGGCGGUCCGGCCGGGCAAGCCGAGGCACCCCCAGGCCCCCUCCUCUCCUGCCGACGUGGAUGUCUUCCGCUGCAAUGUCUGCGAGAAGGACAUCAAGUACCUGACGAACUUCCGGGAGCACCAGCGCAUCCACACGGGCGAACGCCCCUACCAGUGCAAGCGCUGCGCCAAGACCUUCACCCGCUGCGCCGACCUCAUCAAGCACCGCCUGGUGCAUUCGGCCAAGCGGCCCUUUCGCUGCCGGACCUGCGGGAAGCGCUUCAAGCUGCAGGCCGACCUGGACAAGCACGGCAAGGUGCACUCGGACGAGGCGCCCUUCGUCUGCCACCUGUGCCCCAAGCGCUUCAAGCGCACCUCAUGCCUGGUGAAGCACCUCCGCAUCCACACGCAGGAGAAGCCCUUCGCCUGCGCCCACUGCGCCCGGCGCUUCAAGUGGGAGGCCUCGGUCAAGGAGCACGAGCGGGUGCACACGGGCGAGAGGCCGCACCGCUGCGGUGAGUGUGCCAAGGCCUUCACCCACCGGUCCACCUUCCUGCAGCACCGCCGCACCCACCAGGCCCAGCCGGCCUUCAGCUGCGAACACUGCUCCAAGGCGUUCAACCACAAGUCCAAUCUCUUAAAGCACAUGCGGAACAUGCACAGCUAGGAGCGCUCCUCCCUUUUCCGCGCCAGAGGAGACCCUGGCCAGGAGGAGAGCCCUCCUACUCCUCCCCGCUUUGAAGGGAUAAGGCUGUCCGUCAAAUGCCAAGGCAGGAGAAUUGGGCGGCGGGGACGUCUUGGUGGACCGCAAGCUUAACCUGAGUCCACAGUGUGAUGCAGCGGCAAAGAAAGCGAAUGCUUAUUCUAGGGCUGCAUCCACAGAAGUAAGGAAAAGUGGAACAUUCCAGGAUCAAAUAAUAACCAUACCUGCCAAGUUCCUGCCGGAAAAAUAAGGGAUCGGCAGACCGGAAGUAGCGCUGCCGCCAUUUUGGAAUUGGGCGGAGCAUGCUCA